AUGACUUGUUGGGAAAAACCACAAUUUGACUAUUUCCAACAACCAGUAGUUAUCACCAAUAAAUUAGUCAAUAAUAAUGAAGAAUAUGAGGAUGAAGAUUUAACGGCACGACGACAUUAUGUAGUAUUAACAUACCCGAUAGAAAAUCAUCACAUCUCAGUAGAAAAUCCGAUGCCAAUACGACAGCGUGCAUAUCAAGUAGCUUUCUUAGAACAAGAAUUUAUUAAAGAGGAAGUUGAUAGAAUGUUAGAACAUAAUUUGAUUCAACGUUCUGAGAGCCCUUGGGCCUCACCAGUUGUUCUAGUAAGGAAAAAGAAUGGGAAACUUCGAUUUUAA